AUGUUCUCUGAGCUUCUCUUCAGUCUCUGGACAAGAGUGAGAGUGAAGACCUGCGUUUGUGUUUGUGCUGACAGUGUAGCACAGGCCAGACCCUCCUCUGCUCUCUCUCCUCUGUUCUCUUCUCUGCUCUAUCCUCUCCUCUCCCCUGUUCUCUCCUCUCCCUUGCUCACUCCUCUCCCCUGCUCUCUCCUCUCCUCUCCCCUGCUCUCUCCUCUCCCCUGCUCUCUCCUCUCCUCUCCUCUCCCCUGCUCUCUUCUCUCCCUUGCUCUCUUCUCUCCCUUGCUCUCUUCUCUCCUCUUCCCUGCUCUCUCUCCUCUCCUCUGCUUUCUCUCCUCUCCUCUCCCCUGCUCUCUCUCUGCUCUCCUGUCCUCUCUCCCUUGCUCUCUCCUCUCCUCUUCCCUGCUCUCUCUCCUCUCCCUUGCUCUCUCCUCUCCUCUCCCCUGCUCUCUCUCCUCUCCCCUGCUCUCUCCUCUUCUCUCCCCUGCUCUCUCCUCUCCUCUUCCCUGCUCUCUCUCCUCUCCCUUGCUCUCUCCUCUCCUCUUCCCUGCUCUCUCUCCUCUCCCCUGCUCUCUCCUCUUCUCUCCCCUGCUCUCUCCUCUCCUCUCCCCUGCUCUCUCCUCACCCCUUCCCUGCUCUCUCUCCUCUCCUCUUCCCUGCUCUCUCUCCUCUCCCCUGCUCUCUCCUCUUCUCUCCCCUGCUCUCUCCUCUCCUCUCCCUGCUCUCUCCUCACCCCUUCCCUGCUCUCUCUCUCCUCUUCCCUGCUCUCUCUCCUCUCCCCUGCUCUCUCCUCUCCUCUCCCCUGCUGUCUCUGCUCUCCUGUCCUCUCUCCCCUGCUUUCUCUCCUCUCCUCUCCUCUCCUCUGCUCUCCCCUGUUCUCUGCUCUCCCCUGCUCUCUCCACUUCCCUGCUCUUCCCUGCUCUCUCUCCUCUCCUCUGCUCUGCUCUCCCCUGCUCUCUCUCCUCUCCUCUCCUCUCCCCGGCGCUCUGCUCUGCUCUCUGA